AUGGCACUCAAAAGAAUUCAAAGAGAAUUAGCAGAAAUAACUAAAAGUGCACCAACAGAUAUCUCAGUUGAUCCCAUGGAGGGAAACAUAUUUCAUUGGACUGGCACUAUAAUAGGACCUAAAAAUACCCCUUAUCAAGGUGGUCAUUUCAAACUGGAUAUUCUCUUUUCUUCAGACUAUCCUUUUAAACCACCCAAGAUCAAGUUUAUUACGAAAAUUUAUCAUCCAAACAUUGAUGACGAUGGGUCUAUUUGUAUUGACCACCUUAAGCCUGAUGUCUGGAAACCAGCUACCAAGUUAAUCAAUGUAUUGCAAGCGAUUGCUACAUUAUUAGAAAACCCUAAUCCAGACGACGCCCUUGUUGCUUCUAUUGCUGAAACAUACAACAAGAAUCGCACCAAGUUUAACAAGAUUGCAAAAGAAUAUGUUGACAAGUAUGCUACUCCAUAA